GAUUGUUAAGUCAUGUGAAAUGUAAGUCUAUCACGUACAGAUUUUUAUGAUUUCUGUUAGGAAUGUGAAUAAAUGCUUCACGAUACAAGAGUGAGUAUCUGAUUUCCAGUAGAGAAUAAAGGCGAAGAGGGUUAGGCUUGAUGAUAAGGGAGGGUUAUUUAGAAGUACGAACGGAUUAUGACCUAGGAAUCGAUGGAUGCAUAGUUUGAGUGUGUUACUAGAUUUCAGUGAUAAAGAAGCUAUCCAUCAUUAUCGUGCACACGUAGUCAUGUAGGUCUCAUACUGUAUCUUCAGUUCCGACUGUUUCCAAUUUAUCGACAUAAAAACUGGAGAUUACAUUCAACUAACAUACCAUUCUAUGCACUGUUAUUUAAUUUCCUUCAACAUUAUUUUUCAACUUAAGCAACUCAAAAGUUUUAUGAUUAUACUUUGAUAUUUCUAAUGAAUUCUUCAUUCGAUCAUUAUCUCUCAAUUCAGUAUUCACUGUUACUUCCAUCAAAUAAAUGUGAUUCUAUCGCAUUACAUUUUUUAAAGAAGAGUGAAUCAUGUUACGCUGUUUGUCAUUCAUUGUUGAUACAGUUUAUAAUAUGUAAGGUUUCCAUAUCAAUAAGCAGUUACUUUCUCUCUUAAUAAACGUAAUACUAAUCAGUGAUUAAUCUUGUGACAUAAGUUAUCUGAAUCACCUUACUGAUUGACAAACUUAUUAAAGUAGUGAAAUGUUACUGUUAUCGUUGUUUUUUGGUUUAUUCAUUGGCUUCAAGUUUAAAAAAAUUAAUGGUGACCUGUGAAAAAGAGAUGUAUUAAUUUACGGCGUGACUAUAAUUUAUGGACGAAGCAAUAAAAUUAGACAGUGAGUCUUGGAUUUCGGUGCGGAAUUCAUUUAAACAUAUGGUUAUAUAGAAUUAUGUCAUUAUUGUCGAUGUCAGUUCGCCAUGAAAACCCUUACUCUAAUUCCUUGCCCUAAUCCAACUCUAAAUACCAAUUAUAAUUCUUCACACUAAUUAAUAACUGAUAUAGUGACCCAGUCAGAAGUAGCCUAAUGAGAAGGCCAGUCGAUGAUAAUCAGUAGUGAUCUGAAGGACAAAUGCACUUCAUUGGACAGGAAGUGGAUUAAUUUCAUAAAGGGUAGAGUUGUAUAAAUAUGAGUAUUUGAGCGUUUAUCCGAUGGCCUAAUGUGCCUUCUCGCUCAAGUAGUCAGUCGCGGGGUUUAGCGCCUAGCACAUCGUGCAUCACUAUCAGAUUCCGGACACCUCCUGUCACAACAGUAACGCACUUUCGAACAUAGCAAACUGGCGAAUUUCGCCAAGGUUUCUUAAGCGUCGCUCGAAGUCGUCCAAAAACUAUAUUCUUACCUUAAAUUACAUCAGUGUUUGUAUCUUCAUCUUGACUCAUAUUCUGUAUGCACUAAUUCAGCCAUUAAAUUGUAAAGUUCCGUUGAGUAACUAAUAGUUUUCUGUGCUUUCUAACCAUUAACAAGCUUUAAAUUCUACUAUAAACUUCAAAAAAUAAAAAUGAGGUUAUUCUACAGCUUCUUACGGAUUGAUUACAUACUAUGUUUCUAGCGCUAAUAAGACUUCCAUCAAAUAUAUUGAGAUUAUUUUUUAAACAUUCAGUGACUUGGACAAUAUUGAUUAAUUAUGACCUUAUGCUGAACUCAAUAUGUAUACAAAAUGUUAUUCAGAAUGGUUUGUAUUCAGUAGGUUGGUUAUAAUAAGGAACAAACAAAAAGAAACUUCAUCAGUAUUUAGUGGAAUUCGACGAUUGUGACGAAGUGAAUUCUGACAAUUUGAUUAUUUAUGGUAGAACUCAAGCACCACGCGUCAGUAGAAUAUAAGCCUGUGAAACCAGUAGGACUUUGAUUAAAUUCGAGUAUUGUAAUCACUCUAUAUUAAUGCUGAUAAUGUGUUAGAAUGAAAUCCGACAUACAACGUGUCAUUUAUUUACUUAAUUCUAAACCUAAAUAAGAAAUCAAUAUAUUUUAUUACGAUAGUUCUGAUUUCACUGUAAUAUUAAACACCAAAUGAUGUUAUUUUUAAAUUAUUUAAAGAUGAUAACUACUUGGUAGAUGUUUUUACCUAGUUUUGAACUCUUCGAUUACAUACACAAGUAAAAUCUCAUAGAUAAUUGGGUCCAGAACAUGUAAGUAAUACAAUUGUUUACUGUUUUCUAGUACAUCCAGACUUUAAAAUUUUUGGAUCUGAAUGAACAUUACUUACAGUUCACAUUAAUUCAAAUCAGUUAACGUUUCCAAACUUACCAUAUGUCUUGUGUAAAUUUUUGACAAGAUUAAUAACUAUGAAGCUUAUCAUCAUUUCUCGUGGAAACUAGACAAAUGAAUAGAUUGAUAGUUGUUUUCAUUUUUUUUAGAUUUAACAAAUACAAUAAAAUCUUUUUAGAGUAAGAAGUCAAGAACUAGUUUGGGAUAAAACCAAAGUGUUGUUGAAUUGAUUGCUUACGAGGUUUCUAGAAUAAAGCGAUUGUGGUUAGUAGCAGAAUCUAGAAUGGUAGUUUCGUUCUAUUCGAUACUUGUUAGCAGAGUGUACUUAUAUUUUGGCGAUGAUCUUUACAGAAGGAAUCGAGCCGAAUACGUUAGCUUUCAUUAAUAGUCUGCUAGUUUAAUAAAUUUGUAUUUUGCUAAAGAAGCUCGGUCUUCAUUUUCCAAGCUCUGUGUUUGCUUAGGGUUGUCUUUAAAAAUGUGAGUUACGUUUUCACUAAAUUAACCAUAGUUGGGAAUUGCGCAGGCAUAGUCCUUUCUGACGUCUGAUUAUAAUGUAAAAUGCUUUUUAACAUUAGGUGUCUAUUAGCGUAAUUUAUGAAAUCGUUCUGCCGUUGUAAGCUUAGCUUGAUUAAAAUCUUGUAUAAGGACUUGUAUUUGAUUCAAAACGAUAGUCUUCGACAGUCAAUCUUCAAAUGUUAUCGUUUAGUAUCCUUUUCACGACUAUUUAAUAUAUAGAUUUCUGAAAAGAAAAAAGUUUUAUUAUUAGUAGAGAUAGCACCUAACAGUGGAGUCCAGGACGUGCAUUUCGUCCUAUUUGGGACAUGUCUGUUGGAUAUACCGAACAGGAUGUACAUAUACCAAUAGAAAACUGUUUAAUUGCAGUCCAACACAUCAACAGAAAUAUUCAAACAAUCAGUACAAUAAUCGACUAUACAUAUCAUAAAUACAUAACACAAAUUGCUAUUCGGGUAAGUGAAAGUUGAAAUUCCAAGCCACUUAAAUUGAUGAUAGUAUUAUUUGAAGACUAUACAUUCAGGUAACUUAUUUUAAUGUUCUGCUUAUUCUAAUAUCUACCUUUUUAAACAGACUUCGCAAAUAUCUGAUUCAGUUCAUGUAUUCCCGAGUGAACCACGUGGAGUAUUAAAAAAGAAACCUCGUUUCGCUGUUCCAAUUAUUAUUGAAAGUGAAGUUGAAAAGGAAGAUGUAACUGAUAAAGUAAAAUCUUUUAUCAAUGAAAAUGAACUAGUUGAACAAAUGGACAAUAUUUCGUUUGAGGAGUAUUCCGAAAAAGUAACUGAUUUAGAAUGUCAAGAAAUAUGUUCAAUUACCGAACAGAAUGCUCGUUUAGAUCAAUUAACUUCACGAAUUUUUGCCACUAUUCUACCGGAAAAUGUACCUGUUGAACAGUCGAAACAAGAUGUGAAACAGGCAUAUAAACGUUUAAAUAUGAUAACAAAUGGUGCACAAGUUUUGGUAUUCAAUUGUUCACAAACUAAUUUACGUUUGGACAGAAUAUUUCAAAAAGUUCAAAAUUGUGUAUUCUCUUUAACAAGCUUUCCUAAUUUAGCAACAAUGGUUGUAUUUUGUCAAAAAGUUUAUGAUUGGUUAGCACUAGAUGAAUAUCACAUAAUUCUACUUCAUGCUGAAGGUGAACAAGCAAAAAUUCGUUUAAUGUUACUUGUUCUUGCAUUGGAUUCAUUCUAUGGAUCAAUUAAUAAAUACCGGAAUAACGACACUUACUCCCUACGACGUUAUAUUUCAUCCCAUCUUAAUGGCUUCCCUCAUGUUCCGGUUGGUUGGAUGAGAUACGCUGGUUAUAUGGAAAUAUUCUCACCAACUAACAGUUUAUACAUUCUACGUGCACCAUUACAUAUCUAUCAAAUAUAUUUAUAUAAUUUUCCUGUUUUUGAAAAAAAUAAAUUAAGAUUAUACUUUAAAUUCUAUACUGGUUCUCCUCCUGUACAUAUGUAUACUACAAACCUUUACGAAUACGAACGAACUGAUUCUGCAAAUCUUGUGUUGAAUUUCCAAUCUAACUCCAAUCGUAAUAUUGGUCUACAAUUGAGUGGUGAUAUUAUAAUAUUGGCUUACCAUUCCAGAAGUUAUCCUUUGAAACGUAUUCGACUAUUUCGAAUUCAUAUACAUUCCUGUCAAGGGAUCGACGAUUGGAUACGAUUUGUACCAAAUGACUUUGAAGAAAUUUCGGGAUCUUUCCCUUCCUCGAUGAGCUUAAUUCUAAACCUUACUUCGAAACCCAUUCCAUUAACUGCUGAUGAAAAAAUCCAAACAAAAGUAGAAAAUGUAUCGAAACAAAAAACUGCAUUUAAUAGUCAUUCAGAUAACCUGCUUGAUGUUCAAAACAAUCCUGAAGAUCGUUCACGUUUACAUGAUUCAUUAGAAAAUUUAUCGGAAUCAAUUAGAUCACGUCAAUUACCAUUAAGACUAGCCCCAUGUUUAAAUAAAAAAAAUCAUUUUGAUUAUUUAGUUGCCGAUACAAAAUUGGAUUCAACUUUAUGCACCUCCAAAUUAUCACAUAUAGAUGAUAGUAGAAUAAAUAAUCGUGAUGCGUUACAUAAUGAUCAAAAAAUGAAAAGUUGUUGGGAUCCAUGGAUGAAGACGAGUAUAAGUCAGCGAAUUAACUCAAGAGCUUAUGAAUGUUUAGACUCUGGACUUGAGGGUGUACAAGAAGAAUUCGAUAAUGUGACUGACCAAGAAGAAGAAAUUGACUACAUAGAUCAUAAUCAAAAUAAUAAUGAAAUAAGAAAUCCCAUAAAUAAAAACAUUCAAUCAGAAACUGAUUCUUUAAAGUCAAAUAAUACUGAUCCAAAUGACAGAAGACAAGAAUCUGAAUCAUCAUCUUCAUCAUUAUCUUUCAAGAAAUUACGUCCUAAAUAUUUAUUUCACAUUGGAAAGUCGAAACAUAAAAAUAUUGAGUCUGUAAACGAUCUCCAAAUUGUUGGCACAACGAAACCGAAAUCCGAAAAGGAUUGCAAUGAACAAGAAUCUAUGCCUCCACCACCUAGUACUACUGUCUUAAAAUAUUCCAAAAAACAUAAAACUAUUGCCACCCGUAUUGUCAAUUUUUUCUCAGCUCAUUCUAAACAUCGUAAAAUGGACAGCAAUCAGUCAAUUAAUGAUUCCUCAAUUCACUCAUCUGAUUCACCAAACAACAUUAACCACCUAGAUUACGAUGAUUCAUCAGAAUUAAGUUUAGGUCAACAAUCAUCCAGUGAAAUUUCAACCAGUAAAAGAAUCAAUCAAAAAACACAAGCAUGCGAUCGUGGUAUUCCAACCGACAAACUUGGUCCUCCUUGUAAAACUCGGAAAUUAAUAUCUGUUGGCACUUCUACACACUGGACUGAGCCUGUACAAACUUUCUAUCCAACAGAAGAUUUAGUCGAAGCAGCACGUUAUCUUAACAUCAUGGCCGGAACACAAGAACUUGAUCGUUUAUUGGAAGAAUUACGCUUAACAAGUAUGAAUAUGGCCGCCGGUCUUCCUCCUCCAUCUAAUACGCAUUAUAAUUCCAAACCAUAUUAUUCUUCACAAACAUCACGAAAACAAUUGUUUCAUGAUGAAGUUUAUCCAGAUCAUCGAUAUGCUCCGAGUAGUAGGUCUGCUUCGGUCACUGGUUACAAUACUGAUGCACAUAAUUUUAAUGAUUCUUUACGCUCAAAUUAUCACAAACAUUCAACCUUCUAUUCAGAUCGAAUAGAUAAUAUCGGAAAAAGUACCAGUAAAUUUAAUUCCUCUUUUUCAACACCUCCACGACAUCAGUCGGUAUUUACGACAACACUGAAACAACGUCCACCUGUUGCUCCUCGAAAAUUCAAUCAAAUUCAUUUAACUAUUGAUCCUGACUGUGGAACCACAGACGCACAAUCCGCUGUUUCAGUUCGUCUUGAAAAUAGUCAUGACUCUUUUAGACGUGAAAAAAAACUUGAAAAUGAUUUACAAACAGCAAGAGAAGAAUUAGCUAAUCUUAGACGUGCAAUGAGUUUAGUUGAUGAAAGACAUCAACGUAUUGAAAAUAUAAAUGAUUCUAGAAAUCUAAUUUCACCAAGUCAUUCAGUACCAAGACGAUCACCAAAUAUGGAAACACAACAAUAUUUAAGUACAAGUUCAUCAUUUCAACGAUCUUAUCAAGUACAACAGCAUAGUACUCCAGGAAGUGUCAACUCAUAUCAACAAAGAACGUAUCCUAGGAAAGAGCCAACAUCUAUUUACAAAUCACAAAUUAUUUCAAAUGAUGGAAAUUUCUCAGCUCCUAAACGUGCAAUGAGUCAUACAAAUGUUUAUGGUCCACGAUCAUGGAAUUUACGAUCAUAUCAAGGAUCUGAGUCUGAUUUAGCAUAUAAACGUGAAAUGUUAUCAUCAUCAUCUUCACGUUUGGCACGUAGUGGUUAUUCAGCCAGACGAGAACGUUUGAAACAAGAACGUGAACAAGAAUUAUUAAGGCAGACAAGAUUAAGACAAAUGGCUGCUUCAUCAACUGGACUACAUGAUCACCGUCAUUAUCAACAAUCUAAUGUCCAACAACAACAUUACCGUUCAACUUCAGCAGUUAAUGAAAUCGGUCGAAAGGAGAUAAUCCAAAAGAGAUCUAUGGGAAAUACUGAAGCCUUUGAAGAAUUCGAAACAAUUACACUACAACCAAUAGGUCGAGGUGUACAAGAUCUUGAUUCACAUGUCGGAUCAAUGACAACACUGGCACGAGGAGGUGGUGCUUCGUCUAUGAUUGAAGUUCAUAAGCAUACAUUUCGAACUCCAAGAAUGUAUUCACCAACUUCGUAUCAUUUCAAUCGUGCUCAUAGUACAACACCAACUCGUUAUAGUAGACCUACUAAAGGGUUUUCCAACGGUUUAUAUAAAAGUCACUCUGCUUAUAGUGGUUCAGUUGAAACAUGUCCUAUGUUUAAAUCUCAUACACCUGAUCCAGGACGCGAUAUUACUGGUUCUCCUUUGUGGACAGCAUUGCCAAGAAAUUCAAGUACAACACCUACCACUUGUAAAACAUGGAGAAGCGAAAGAAAUAUAACUACUACACCACUAGGACAAAUUACUUAUGAAGAUAUGAUGCCAAAUACACAAAUGGCAAAAAUUCAGGUAUUAGAAUCAAGUGAAUUACCAACAACAUUGUCUCCAUAUUCUAGAAAAUCUGCUAGUCUACAGCCAAAUGAAGUUGUAAAAAAAGAUAUAAGAGUGUUUGAAUCCCCAUCGGACAAUGCAAUAUUGAAUAAUUAUUUAGAUAUUCAUGAAUCAGAAAUGACUAAUUUGAAAAGAGUUGUCUCUUUAAGAAAACCACCUGAACGUUCUAGAUUAUGGGCUCUUCCUGAUAGUAUGAAAAUUUUACGUUCAUCAGAUGGUUUUAUGGCUGAUUCAUGCUAUCCAAAUGAUGUUGAUAUUGAUGAAAAUGAGGAAUUGAUUAAUCAUCAAUUCAAUCUACCGGAACCUGGAAAAACUACAUUGAAAACGGAAAUAAAUGGUUUAAGUCAAAUUGAUGAUCAUCAACCUCCACGAGCAAGCUCACGUACAAGUUUAUCACGACAACCAUUUGCUUCAACUCAAUAUCUCAAUAAACAAAAUUAUAAUCAUGAUGGAGAACAGACAAUUUUCAUUAAUCGUGUUCAACCAACAUCAAGUACCCCAGUUCAAAGUUAUCCACCCAGUAGACUUGGUACACAAUCUGUCUAUUCAGAUCAUAUUACUGUCUCAACUACUCCACAAACAGUAACUGCUCCGACAAAAGUUGUCAGUAAUUUGAAUGUUUUGACAAACACUAGAAAAACGAGUGAACUUACCGAAGUCCCUAUGCAAAAUGGAUGGAAAUCUGAGAAACCUAAACAAGAUACAGUAGAUAGUGGUAAUAUGCCUCAAGUGAUUGCAACUGCACGUGUUUGGUAUCAACCUAAAUUAUCCAGAGAAGAAGCUAUAAGUAUUUUACGUCAACAAGUCCCUGGAAGUUUUCUUAUUCGUGAUAGUACAACAUACAAAGAUGCUUUUGGUUUAGCAGUCAAGGUUGCUACACUUCCACCAAAAGUUACACCAAAAUCUAAUGAUCUUCAAUCUGAACUAGUUAGACAUUAUUUGAUAGAAGCGGUUAAUACACCUACUAAAGGUGUACGCCUUAAAGGUUUUGCAAGUGAACCAGUAUUUCCAAGUUUAGCUGCCCUAAUCAACCGACACACACAAGAUGCUUUAGCAUUACCUUGUCGAUUAAUUCUCCCAGCCAUUCCAACUACACCGUUACCACAUGGAUAUAAGCCUCCACCACAAAUUGUAACUGGCUUACCACCAAAUACUACGGAUACAACAAUAAGUAAUCAUAUUUCACAAUCGAAUAAUCAAUAUAUUUCGAAAGUUGACAGUGCUACUGGGCCAGUUUCAGAAUUAGGCUCUGUUAUAAUGGAUAAUGUGGAAAUUGAUUGUACAAAAUCAGUUACCAAUACUUCUACAAUGGGUAUAGAAGGUCUGCCAUUCGAAUGUGUAAUUAAAGAUGAACAUCAUAAACCAGUGAUGUCGCAAAGUCUGCUUAAUCAAGGCAUGACAUAUAGAUGUUUCAUGUUAGGAUCGGUAGAUACUCCACAGUGGAAUAAUGAACUAUGUUUCUCAAGAGCAGUUGACCAAUUAAUUCCACUGGAAACUUUAACAGCAUCUGAGUGUGAUCAUGGUAUUAGUCGUGUUCGAUAUUCAGAUAUUCAAUUACAUGUUAGCGCACACGAUGGAAUUACAAUUAUAGAUUUACUAAGACGGUUAUUCCUUCGACGCCAUCUUCCCAAUAAUAUAUUAUUGUAUUGUGGUAUAGAAACUCGAAAAAAAGAAUUUAUUCAUCCCGAACAUCAAAAUCAUGGUAUACGAAAUCCUAAAAUCUUUGGAUUAGUUGUUCGUAAAGGAAUUAGUGAAUGUACAUGUCAUAUAUUUUCUGAAUGUGAUCCAGUUCAUUCAGCUGAAUCUAUUGUGAAUUAUAUACGAACUAUCUAUCCUCAUUUAAAGAGUUAA